CUAAUCCUGACAAGCGAGGAUUCAGCUUUACCGAGCAUGGGUUUAGCGUCCGUCUGUCAAGAUUCCUUUCCUCCUUCCCGUGUGUCGUCAUCAAUCUGGUGUGGCGAACAAGACUGUGCCCUAAGCUACAAUUGGAUUGGGCAUAUGGCAAAAAUAUCCUUUUCAAAGUUCCUGUCGUUAUUGAUUCCGUAUGUAGCGUCUCUUGGUCACAACUAGUUCCAACUGUCUCUUUGACUGAGAACCUGGCGUUUACACCUGGUGAUGCUGGACAUUCGCGGUGGGAUUAGGAACUCUUCAUUGGAAUGUCGCCUUCGGCGUAAGAAGUUUGAAUUCAAUUUGCAGCUGAGCGAUUGUGGACCCAGUUCUGUACCUCUAUGAUUAGAUGCUUGUCAAGGCAAUCCGCUGCAAAAACCUAUCAAUGACAACCUACAUCACAGUGUAGUAUUGCGUUGGUGGCUUCAGAGUUCAUGCUGCUGGAACGCCAGGAACAAUUCACUACGACAACAUUGACUUGGUGGGGAGGCUUAGGGUUUCGUCCGACAUCAAGCCACCCAUCUCCGGUCGUGCGACAGAAGUCGAAGACGGUGGUAGAUAGAAGUUUCAAUCGGCAACUAUUAAUUUUUUUUUUAACAUCAAAGACUAAGUCUUGCAAAGGAAGCUUUCCACUUGUCUUCAUUUAUUUGUUUCGAUCGUUUUGUUUUGUAAUAAAGCCAACUCCAAGUCAUGGGGUCAUCCUGAAACCAUGUCUUUAUCGUCAAGCUUGGUUGCCCUGAAUUUUCAACAGAAGAGAACCUUUCCUUAAAUUGUUUUCGAUGUCACAACAUGGAACCAUUCUUAGGUGUGAAGUUUCUCUCCAGCAACACACUUUCUGUAUGAUCAGUAUAUGUAGUAAGCAACACAGUAGACCUACCGACACAGUCAGCGAAUCCUUUUUAGUGUGCUAAUCUCCUAAUCUUGCUUCGUGUCUACCUUAGAGGAAGACGACGCUGAGUGUAAGGUGCGACGAAACUCAAUAACGAAUGCCUUUCUUCGAACCCAAUUUUUUCCAGUGGCGGCAGAAGACGAGUGGGAGAGACGGCUGGCGCUGCGAUCCAGUCUCCGCUUGGUUUCACGCGGUGGCCCACUCUGUCAGCGUAAUCCUUCAGGCUUCACGAGUACCAUGUCCGUGAGGAAUAUAUUGGAAAGACGUCGACGGAUGUAUCACACAUGGAGUGUCCCGAGACGGUAAACAUGUGUGGAUUUGGAGUCUCACUUUUUGUCGAAAGCGGAGGGAUCCAAAGCUCAUCUGUCGGGCAUGUUCCCGUCAGAUAACGAGCACUUCAAUUGCAGCCAACUCGAAGAUACUCAACGCUUGUCCCCUUCUCUCCGUUUGAAUACUCCGUGUUGGGGGCCGGCAGUUUGCCGGUAAUCAUCGGAAGUGGUAAAAGCUUUCUUGGUGCGGGGCUCAUGGGACCGCGAUUAGCUCUUUUGGAUCCCACUCUGGUCGGUGUUUGAUUUUUCAGACAGUUGCCAGACUUCACCGUCACUGAUAAGAUAGGAUCAGUGCAAGACUGGGGUAGGUGCUACGAGCCCCAGCACAGCCGGCAAUUCGUCGAAUUUCGGGGUUCUUCUAUACUUCCUUCAUCUUCUCGGAGAUUUUAGGUUAGGGCGGCGAUUGAGGCUGUGAAUUAGACUGAAUUUCGAAACGGAAGAAAUUGAAGAGUGCGACGCUGGUGUCUACAGCAUUUGAUACGGUCCAUCGGAACAGCUUCGUCGGUGAAUCUUGCAGCGUAGGAUCAAGGAAGGUCAAUUUUAAUCCGUUGGAAGGGUUUUGAAGUUAGCGAGGUUGCUUUCGGGUUGUACGCUUCCGUAGGCUGUUGGGGGUCCUCUUGGUUGACAUGAAGGGCCUUAUAGAAGCGCUCCGCCGCCACCGGAGGCCCGCUCCGGAAGGAUCCGUGCACUGUCAUCACCAACCUUUUCCUGCUGUAGAGAAUCACGCGGCGCCAGGUCCGUCGAAGUUCUGGGGCGAUCAUGUUAACGCUCCGCCAUACCCAACGAACACUCCAUGGGUGAACUUCGUACUCAAAGAAGGAACGUGCCACGAGAAUUUUCACCCCUUUUUGGUGCAAGCGCAGGAAAACUCUCUCGCCAUCUGCUAUCCCUCAAGAGAAGCAAAGCCGGAAUACAUCUUUGACUGUUUCGUUGCAAAUCUCACAUUCCGGGUGCUGGAAAGCGGUGGAUUCGGGAGCCAUGUCGUGUCGAGUUAUGACGAUGUGAGUGUCACGCUUGAUUAUGCAGGCAAAUUUGGAGUACCCUUGGUGAAGGGGAGUCCUUACAUCACAAUUUGUGUUGGUGAAGGUACUCCUGCAUUCUCAACUAUUCACGCCGUGGUGGGAUUUUGGGCAAAUUGUGAGAGGACCAAGCACCGCAUCACGCUCAACAAUGGGCAGACGUGGGUGGUUUACUCUUCCGUUCCUCUGCCUUUGACAUGCGAGCUCGUAUCCGAGAGCGAGUUCCACGGCGUGAUCAGAAUAACCGUCGUCUCAGCAUGCGAAGAAGGCGAAGAUGACGAAGCUCUGCUUGACAGGUACCGCGAUUGUUACCCAAUCGGCGGCCAUGUUGAUUUUUUCGAAAAUUGCGAGGUCAUCUACAAGUGGGAAACGCAGGGAUCGGGGGACCUGAUGAUGCUUACUUUGCCUCAGCAUCGGGAGAUGAUGUCGAAAUGCUACUCGCGACCGGUUCCAGCCCUCACUUUUAGAAGUCUGGAUGGCACCCUGGAGGGAGUAGUGGGUCACAAAUGGGGGCUAUCCGUGAAGCGCAUGGAGCUCCGGUGGGGCUCCGAUACAGGCAUUCAUGACGCUCACGCCCGAAGGCAGGUUGUCGAGGCUCUGGAAGCUGACAUCAACCAGCUCUCACCGAUCUCAUUACCUUCCACUUAUUUUCAUGGCAAAGCGUUGGCUCGUGCAGCUCGUUUCGCCCUCAUUGCGGAGGAGCUUCACCGGCCCGACCUUGUUCACAGGGUCAUGCAAUUCCUGCAAAGUUCAAUCACCCCAUGGUUUACUGGACAAUUUGCUGGCAAUGCAUUGAUGUAUGAUAUCACGUGGGGAGGAAUCAUCAGCAGAGACGGCUCACGAGAUGCGGGAGCUGACUUUGGCCUUGGCGCUUAUAAUGACCAUCACUACCAUCUCGGGUACUUCGUCUAUGCAGGCGCGGUGUUGGCUAAGCUGGACUACCGCUGGGCUCAUACUUUCAAGCCCCAUAUGUACGCCCUCAUCCACGACUACAUGAGCAAAGAAUAUCAUGAAUUUCCCCGCCUUCGGAACUUCGACUGUUACACACUUCACUCCUGGGCCAGUGGUCUCACUGAAUUUAACGAUGGACGCAAUCAAGAGUCUACGAGUGAGGCAGUCAAUGCGUAUUACGCUGCUGCGCUGGCAGCAUUAGCCUACCAUGACUUCGAGUUGGUGACUCUAGCUUCCACACUUUGUGCCCUCGAGAAUCGAACUUCGCAGCUACUGUGGCAUGUCCCAUCUGACAGCAAGUUGUACAAUCCGGAGUUUGUUGAAGCCAAUCGUAUUGUGUCCAUUGUCUGGUCGACGAAGCGCGACUCUGGCUUAUGGUUUGCAGGUGCGGAGCGGCGUGAUUGCAGACUUGGUAUCCAGGUUCUGCCUAUAACCCCUGUCACUGAGGCCAUGUUUCCCGACAAGCACUACGUCAAGGAGCUCGUGGACUGGGCCACGGAAUUGAUCAACAACGAGAACGUCACGGAUGCGUGGCGAGGUUUUAUAUAUGCCUUGAAAGCCAUUUACGACCCGAGAGCUGCAUUGGAGGCUGCAACAAGUCUUAAUGGGCACGAUGACGGCAACUCUUACUCGAAUCUACUGUGGUGGAUUCACACGCGUAGAGAAUCUUCUCCUCACUCAUCUUAAUUUUCUAAGACUCGACAUGGACAAAUACAGCACGCAUGAGCGGGUCUCUUUAAUUUGGAAACAUCUCAUUCCUUGCUUCCCCAUGUCCAAGUAAGGAAGUUCAAGCCAUGGAUCGAAUCACUUCACCAUAUGAAAGGAGACCCCCGUGAUGAGAAGGAUUGUUGUGUUCUAUCUUGUCAUACAAGAAAUUUGUGUCUGAGCUGUAAUCAACGAUUAGUUGUGUUGCUGAAAGCUGAGCUGGCACCUCACAGUGAGACAGGACUGCUGGGAAAAUCAGAUAAGCUGCAUGGAAUUUGCUCCAACCAUUCCUUGUAAGCACAACGGAUGCAGUGUUUUAUAAGUCUAAUUUUCCCAAUUUUGAAUUUUAACUAAAAGCUUGCAUCCUCCGGCUGUGUUGUGAGGAGGAUGAUAUGUAAAUAACUCAACAAGAUCCCAAAGAUAAGAUGUUAUGAGUGCACACACUGUAGCAUCUGGAUGUCUUUUAUGCAUUCGCUGUUUAUCAAACAGGAGGCCGUUUCUCAUAUGAUUAGGCCCACAACGAUAACUUGUUUCCUGUUUCAGAUUUCCUUCCUUGAUCUAUAAGUUACUGGGCAACCAGAACGAAAAAAAAUA